UGCAGCGGGCUUUAUCAGUCAAACAAGUAAAAAUUUAAACGCGUUCGCAACCAAAAAACCACCAAAAACAACCAAAACAUGACUGCUCUAAAAGUUUUCCUCCUUGUAGCAUUAUUUGCCGUGGCAUACUCUGCACCAAGUCCCGGAUUCUUUGGCAAGCACGAACACCACACAAUUCAUGUGCCGUACAAGGUGCACACCGUGCAUCAUCAUCAUGUCCAGAAGGUAGCUGUGCCCGUGGUUAAGCACGUGCCCGUCUACAAGGAGGUGCAUGUGCCCAUCUACAAGGAGGUGCCCGUUCAUCAUGUCCAUCACGAGGAGAUUUUGCCCGUGCAUGUGCAUGAUGAUCAUCACGAUUACCAUCAUCAUGACUUCCACAAGGGCUGGUCCUCUCACUCCCAUGGCCAUGGCUGGCUGUAAAUGCAGUCCCGCUUUCCACUGUAAAUACUGUAUAAAUGUUUUAAGUUAACCAAAAAAAAAAAUAAAAUAUACAAAUGCUUGUAAAUAAAGUGAGAUUUUCGAUUGUUA